GAAGUGUUUACAAUGUUUCCACUAAUGUUACAAAUUCUCUUGUUCAUUUUAGGAGAGUGGACUCAGUUGAAUGUGGCUUGUUUGGAGUCUGAGAAAAGUUCUCUUCUUGACUUCAAAACCGGUCUAGAAGAUCCACAAAACCGGCUUGGAUCAUGGAAAGGGAGCAAGUGUUGUCAAUGGAGGGGAAUAGGUUGUAACAAGGCGGGAGCGGUUAUUACAGUUGAUCUUCAUAACCGAUAUCCCAACAGGUAUGGUUUUUGGAACCUUAGUGGGGAAAUAAGGCCUUCAUUGACAAAACUCAAGUCAUUGAGACACUUAGACUUGAGUUUCAACUCAUUUAAGGGAAUCCCAAUUCCUGAUUUUUUUGGGUCCUUUAAGCAUUUGAGGUAUCUAAAUCUCUCUAAUGCAGGGUUUAGUGGUUCCAUUCCUAUAAUUAUAGGAAAUCUCUCUAGAUUAGAGUACCUUGAUUUAGAUUCAUUGGGAUUAUUAUAUGUUGAUAAUCUUGAAUGGAUCAAAGGUCUAGUCUCUUUAAAACAUCUUGUGAUGAACAGAGUUGACCUUUCAAUGGUGGGAUCAGAUUGGAUUAUGAUAAUACUAAACAAUCUUCCAUCCUUGACAGAGUUGCAUAUGUCUUCAUGUAACUUAAUUGGUCCAAUUCCUUCUAUUUCUUUUGUUAAUUCAACAUCAUCACUUGCUGUUUUAGACCUUAGUUUUAACAACAUCAACUCGAAAAUACCUUAUUGGUUAGCCAACAUCAGCAGCCUUGUGAGUGUUGAUAUAAGUUAUGGCGGCUUGUAUGGAAGGAUUCCACUUGGUUUCGCCGAUCUUCCAAAUUUGCAGUUCUUGCAUUUGGCUGGGAAUACUAAUCUUAGUGCAAGUUGUUCUCAAUUUUUUCGGGGAAGAUGGGAAAGUAUUAAAGUUCUUGAUUUGGCUUCUAACAAUCUGCAUGGGAAACUUUCUGCUUCACUUGGGAACAUGACAUCUCUCACUUACUUAGAUCUCAGAUUCAAUGAAAUUCAAGGUGAGAUUCCAAGCUCAAUUGGUAAACUCUGCAAUAUGAAAUUUUUUGGUAUAUCAGGCAAUAACUUGACUGGAACUUUACCUGAAUUCCUUGAAGGAACAAAUAGUUGCCACUCGAAUAGUCCUCUUCCUAGUCUGCAGAACUUAAGUUUGAGCAAUAAUCAAUUGGUUGGUACAUUACCACAAUGGUUAGGCCAACUUCAAAAUCUUGUUGAGCUUAGUUUGGACUAUAACUUGUUACAUGGUCCAAUUCCAAAAUCUUUAGGGUCAUUACAAAACCUUACAAAUUUAGGACUAGCCGGAAAUAGACUAAAUGGGACACUCCCUAAUAGCUUAGGCCAACUAUCUAAAUUGUCUUCCUUUGAUGUUUCAUUCAAUCAAUUGAGUGGUAUCAUAACCGAAACACAUUUUCUAAAGUUGCAUAAGUUGAAAUAUGUUCAUCUCUCUUCCAACUCUUUUACACUGGUUUUCGGUUUGAAUUGGACCCCUCCUUUUCAAGUAUGGAAUCUUGACUUGGGUUCAUGCCAUUUAGGUCCUUCUUUCCCAACUUGGCUUAGAUCACAAAAGGAGAUCAAAUUCUUGGAUAUAUCAAAUGCUAGCAUUUCAAGUUCCAUACCUCAUUGGUUUUGGCAAAUUUCAUCUAAUCUUUCACUGUUAAAUGUUUCCACCAAUCAAAUGAAAGGUCAAUUGCCAAGUCCAUUCAACAUAGCUCCAUUUGCAGAUGUUGAUUUGAGCUCAAACCAAUUUGAAGGGCCUAUUCCUCUUCCAAAUGUUGAGAUUGAAUUACUUGAUCUAUCCAAAAAUAACUUUUCUGGUCCUAUACCAGAAAACAUAGGUGAUUCCCUACCAAACUUGAUAUUUCUAUCUCUUUCUACCAACCAAAUAGAUGGACUAAUCCCAAAUUCUAUUGGCAUCAUGCAAUCUCUUCAAGUCAUUGAUCUCUCAAGUAAUAACUUAGUAGGAAAAAUACCCUUUAGCUUUGGAAACUUCUCUUACCUAAAAGCAUUGGACCUAAGUAAGAAUAAUUUGUCUGGUACAAUUCCUGACUCUUUGGGUAAACUAAGUUUGCUUCAAACAUUGCACUUGAAUGACAACAAAUUUUCAGGAAACAUCCCAUCAUCUUUUCAGAACUUGUCGAGUUUGGAGACACUUGAUCUUGGUAACAACAGAUUAGCAGGAAACAUACCACAUUGGCUUGGGAAAGGUUUGGAGAAUUUAAGAAUUCUUAAGUUGAGAUCCAAUGCAUUUUUUGGUGAACUUCCAUCCUUACUAUCAAAUUUAAGCUCAUUGCAAGUGUUGGAUUUGGCUGAUAAUGGAUUCAAUGGUAGCAUUCCUGCUAGCUUUGGAUAUUUCAAAGCCAUGAUUGAAAACCAAAGGAUAAACCAUUAUUUGUUCUAUGGCUUUUAUAGGGGCAUUUAUUUUGAAGAUAGCUUGGUUGUGAAUUUAAAAAACCAAGAUCAAAAGUACACCAAGACUCUUUCUCUUGUUGUCAGCUUAGACCUUUCGGCCAAUGAUUUGAGUGGAGAACUUCCUUCAAAUUUGACAAAUUUGUUGGGUUUAGUGGUCUUGAAUUUGUCCAACAAUCAUAUCAGUGGUUUAGUUGCAGAGGAUAUUUCAAAGUUGUCACAAUUGCUAUCUCUUGAUCUUUCAAGCAAUAGGCUCUCAGGCACUAUUCCUAAUAGCUUGUCAUCACUUUCAUUCUUGGGACAUCUCAACUUGUCAAACAAUGACUUCUCUGGUAAGAUUCCUUACAAUGGCCACAUGACAACCUUUGAGGCUUCCUCUUUUGCUGGAAAUCUAGGCCUUUGUGGUGAACCACUUGACAUAAAAUGUCCUGGCGAUAAUGGUACUGAUUUCGAUGAAGGAUCAACUAUUGAGGAUCACAAUGAUGAUGACAAUUUGAUUGAUAAGUGGUUUUAUUUGAGUGUUGGAUUGGGAUUUGCAGCAGGACUUCUAAGUCCUUUUCUCAUGUUGGCAAUGAGAAAAUCUUGGAGUGAAUCUUAUUUCGGUUUUGUGGAGAGUGUACUAGAAAGAAUGCCAUUCUUGAAACAUAGAAGAACAAAAUGAAGAAGGCCUAGAAGAUUUCAUCACGAAAACGUUGAAAGUUUGCAUAUAAGUUGGGAUUUAUAUAUUCUAACCCGAAUAUAAUUUUUUUUUAGUAAAUUUGCUAGCAUAAUAGGAAAAAGAAAUAUUAAAAUUGUGUUAUGAAAUGUUAGAGUGGAUAAAUGAUGAAAUUAGAGGCCCUAGUUUGUACCUAUUGAAUUAUUUAUCAAUUUUAUUAUCUCUUUU